AUGGAUCUUAACGACUCUUAUUGUAAUAAUUCACCAGAAUCCCAAGAUCUUUUACAAGAUAUGUCUGAUAACAAUAUAGCUAGUUCAAGCACAGGCAUUACUUCCUUUUCUUUAGUUGCUAGAAAUAGAAAACCAUCCAUAGUCACACCAUAUUUUACAAAAAAAACAAAGAAUGAUGUUAAUUCUCCAAUUGUUUCGGAUACCUUACCAUUUUCAACUAUUGAAAGUAAAGCAUUAAUUGCAUUGUUGCACUUUCUUAAUGCCACUCUUGAGUUACCUUUACAUGAAACCAUCAAGCUGAUUGUACAAAACUCUUUUAUUUUAAUGAGAAAUGAUGUUCAAGCCCUUUUUGAGCAAAUUCCUAGAAUGACACCAAUUAAAACAUCAAUUGAAAAAGUGUGUAGAUUUGUGAAGGCUAUUACAUUGUCAUCUACAAUUAUUCAAGAUUUUAAAGAAAUUGGACAAUCAGUUGAUGAAGCAGUAGUUAUGAGGUAUCAUAAUAAUCUUGCUUAUUAUAAGCUUACGCCACAAGAAGAUUUUGAUCUUCAAGUUGUUACUCAAUUUUUACAACCAUUUUAUGAAGUUACUAAAAUACUUUCUAAUAGUAUAUAUAUAACAUUGGAACUUUCUAUUUUUUUAAUGAAUGAUAUUGUUGAUGUUAUUAGAUCAUGUAUACAAGAUUCUUUAAGCCUUUUAUUUCUUAAAACUGCUGCAACACAAAUGUUGAAAAAACUUAAUCAAUAUAUAGUUUAUAUAUACAAUAAAGCAGCUUUUAUAGCUUCAGUUCUUGAUCAUCAAAUCAAACUUGAAUUAAUAUCAAUUAAUAUGAACAUUUCUAAAAAUUAUGACUUUUUUAAUGAUAUUUUUCAAGAUUAUCAGUGCUUGAACUAA